AUGAUUAUGCCUGUCGCUUACCCCUUGAAAGCUGGAAAGCCUAGAGGCAGUUUGGCUAUCUCAGUAAGCUUUCAGUUAUGGUUCAGCGCCAUUCCUGGUGUGGUGGCGACCGCCUUGGAACUGAUAAUGAAGGAGGUUUUCCGUCGCCUUCCUCCGUCGCAGCACAGGAGCCAGAACCAGGUUACUGGCCCUCCUGCUGUUCUGGAGCCACCUUUGAACGACGGUUCGGCUCUUCCGCCAGCUGCAGAUACUAGUGUCGACCUAGGCCAUGUAUGGAAACUUUCCCUUCGCAAACGACGUCGACCUAAAAUCGUCCUCGUGGAUGAGCAGACGUCAGUUGUCCUCCCGCGCUCGCACGAGAGAGUCACCGCCUUCGUCUCCCAGCGCAGCAUACAGCAUAUCCCAAAGAUGAUGAGACUGAACGUCGUCAGCGCCGCGAUGGUGAUGUCAGCCGUCUUUUCGGUGACUUCAUCGCAGGAGAUCUUCUUCGGGUCUUGCCCAAAACAGACCGUUGUGCAAAACUUCGAUCUGAACAGUUACCUCGGCAAAUGGUACGAGAUCGAGAAGUACUUUGCCAUCUUCGAGCUGGGCGGCAAGUGCAUCACCGCCAACUACUCGCUCCUCCCCAACGGCAACAUCAAGGUCGUCAACACACAGACCAACGCGUUGUCAGGAAAAGAGAAUUCGAUCGAAGGUGAAGCCGUUUUGGCCGACCCAGCGAGCGGUGAAGCCAAGCUGGUGGUCUCCUUCUCGCCAUUCGGCGGAGCAAUGGCAGGUGGUAAUGGCAACUACUGGGUUCUGGACACCGACUACACCAGCUACGCUAUCGUUUGGUCGUGUUCCUUUGACAUCAAGUUGGCUAAUGCACAGAUCCUGUGGAUCCUGAUGCGCGACCAGAACCCGGAUCCCCAGCGCCUGAACUACGUCAAGACCCUCAUCAGGAACCGCGGACUUGACCUCACCAGGCUGCAACAGACCGACCAGACCAACUGCCCUUAGAGAGCGAGACCGAAUGACCUGGCGAUAUAGUCUAAAGGGAACAAAGGACUGGCCAUACAAAGUUGUUUUUACGGGUCAGAUGACUAUCACUUUAUCACACUGACGUUGGAUCAAGUUAAAGAGGCAUUUAAAUGUUAAAUGUUUGUAGUUUAGUGUUCUUUUUUGUUUGUUUUGUUAGCAUAGAGUUGUUUCGGCAAUAAAGUGUAUUUAUAUGAAGAA